AUGGCUAAUCAACUGCUCGCCGACCGCGACGCGCCACCUGUCGGCAAGCGCUGGGCUUCCAACUUUGUCAAGCGACAUCGAGAACUCAAAACGCGUUUCUUUCGUAGAUAUGACUACCAAAGGGCGAAAUGCGAAGAUCCGGUCGAGAUUCGAAAGUGGUUCAAGCUCGUAGAGAACACAAUCGCCAAAUAUGGUAUUGACCUUGCCGAUAUCUACAACUUUGACGAGACCGGAUUUAUGAUGGGCGUUAUUGCAAGUGGAAUGGUCGUCGCAGGUGCUGAAAGGCGUGGAAGACCGAAAUUAGUGCAACCUGGGAACAGGGAAUGGAUUACAGUCAUUCAAACGAUCAAUGCGGAAGGUCAAGCGAUCCCGCCGUUCAUCAUCGGUGCGGGCCAGUAUCACCUUGCUACCUGGUACCGAGAAAGCAACCUCCCGAACGACUGGGUUAUUGCAACGUCUCCCAACGGCUGGACCGAUAAUGAGCUAGGCCUUGAGUGGCUGAAACACUUUGAUCAGUGUACAGCCAAGCGAUCGAAUAGUCGCUAUCGUCUUCUGAUCCUCGAUGGUCACGAAAGUCACCACUCCGUCCAUUUUGAGACGUAUUGCAAAGAGAAUAAGAUCGUUGCGCUUUGCAUGCCACCUCAUUCCUCCCACUUGCUCCAGCCUCUUGGUGUAGGGUGCUUUGGGCUGCUCAAGAAGGCGUACGGCCGAGAGAUAGAGCAGCUGAUUCGACACUCUAUAUCCCACGUUUCCGAGAUCGAGUUUUUCCCAGCCUUCUAUGCUGCCUAUCGGGCCACCAUGACGGGAAAAAACAUCAAGGCAGCCUUCAGAGGGGCCGGACUUGUACCUCUUGACCCGGAAAAGGUUAUCUCAAAGCUUGAUAUCCAGCUACGAACUCCGACUCCGGUUGAGGAGGAAGCUAACCCGUCUAGCCCGUGGGUUUCAAAGACGCCAAAGACCGUACUUGAGGCUGGGUCUCAGUCCGAGUAUCUCAUAAGACGAAUCAUAAGACAUAAAAGUAGCUCCCCAGAGUCAAUUCUGGGAGCUCUGAAGUCUCUCUCUCUCUAA